AUGCGGUGUGUGAUUCAGCGAGUGACGUCGGCAUCGGUCAAGGUAGACGGCGAGACAGUGUCAAGCAUUCACAGAGGUCUGUGUGUCUUGGUGGGACUCUCGACUGAGGACAAGCGCGAAAGUCUUGAAUGGAUGUCAAAGAAAUUGUUAUCUGUGAGGUUUUUCGAAGGAGAAGAUGGAAAAAUGUGGAAGAGAAAUGUGCAAGAGAUUCAAGGGGAAAUCUUACUCGUCAGUCAAUUUACUCUACAUUUCAGGCUUGUUUUCAUGCGAUCCUCUGACAGACAUUGUACUGACAGCCUGCAAGGCUCAAAGGUUCGAACUUGGAUUUUUCAAAGAGCAUGUCGACAGAAGCUGCUCGAGAGAUGUACCAAGGUAAAAGAUGGAAAAUUUGGAGCUAAAAUGGAAGUUGAAAUCUGCAAUGAUGGGCCUGUAUGUGCAUGUUUCAUUUCACAUUCCACUCACAGAGCUGCAGGUCACAAUGCAGAUUGA